UGAAAAGGCAUGAUGACAGUUGUGCCACACCUCGUCACUAGUCUGGUUGAAAUCUAGUGCAUGGAUUUACAUGGAUAGCAAACACAUACACUAACAAGAGGCCUCUAAAUGGACAAACAUGUCAUCAACAACUUCCAACCGAACACAUCAUCUAACUCUGGUAGCUGCUCUUGGGGUUUUGUGUUCAGUGGUACUAUGUUUUGUUUACUUUCAACCAACAUCUACUGCAUGUCCAUCUCGAUUAGAUGAUUUGCCAUUUUUGGCAAAGGGAGAUGUUUCCUCAUCUACCAAAAAGCCUGUGGAAAAGCCGCUUGUGUUGCUCUGGUUCUGGCCACUGGGUGUGAGAUGGAAUUUUGAAAUCUGCAAAACUCAUUUCAGCAUCGAUAGCUGUGUUCUGACAGAUGACAGAUCCCUUUAUGACAAAGCAGAGGGAGUGGUGAUUUUUCACAAAGGCAUCAGCUGGGACCUGAAGAACCUGCCUCAAUCUCCUCGUCCACAUUUUCAGAAAUGGAUCUGGUUUCAUGUGGAAUCACCAACAAAUACCGCCAGAAUACCAGGUCUGGAAAAUCUAUUUAACCUCACUUUGAGCUAUAGACGAGAUGCUGACAUCACAGUGCGAAAUGAAUUGACAACCGUGAAGACUGAAAAGGACAGUGAGUUUGUGCUGCCCAAGAAGGAUAAAUUGGUUUGUUGGAUUGUGAGCAACAACAAUCCUUCAACUGGGACAGGAACCAGAGCAAAGUACUAUCAAGAGUUGGUCAAACACAUCAAGAUACAUGUUUAUGGUUCUGCUUUUACAGGGAGUCGUUUGAAGUAUGAGGAGUAUUACUCAACCCUUGCUAGCUGUAAAUUCUACCUUGCAUUUGAGAAUUCAAUCCACAGAGACUACAUCACAGAAAAGGUGAAUGGACCACUUGUAGCAGGAACCAUACCAGUAGUCAUGGGCCCACCCAGAGAGAACUAUGAACAGUUUAUCCCAGCUGGUUCUUUCAUUCAUGUAAAUGACUUUACUAAUGCAAAGGCACUGGCUGACUUCCUCCUCCAAUUGGACAAGAAUGAUGAGAUGUAUAUAAGUUACUUCACUUGGAGGAGGUACCUUAAGGCCAAGCCCCACCUCCUGACAAUACAGGAAGAGUUCAUUCAACCUGUUUGUUUAGCCUGUGAAUACAUGGCAAGAGACAAAGGAUAUUACAAUGUUGUCCACAACCUUUAUGAAUGGUACUUUGGAUGAGGGUUUAGCCAUCGUUUUGUAAGCACAGAAAAUAUCAUUUUACCUUAGCUAAGUAAACGGAAUACAAUUUUAAAAGUGUCUUCGGAUUUGGGGAUAUUUUGUUUCAAAAUCUUUAUCAAUUUAAAGGAUGGGCAUUCACGGUUUUGGGGUAGAUUAAAAUAAAUAAAUAAUUAAACGCUUUGGAAGCAACAUACACUCUAAACCCCAAUGUGCUGUCAUUACUCAAAACUUUUAAGGAACCCAUUACACUUAAAUAAAACCUUUUACUGCAGUGGGCUAAAUCAGCUGGUCAGAGUUAUUCUUGGUAGUCUUAAACAAAUCUACUUUGAAACCAAACUAUACACCUCACACACAUGGUUAUGGGCUUAAAAAAAUAAGAAACCUUUACCAUGUCAGAUAUAGAGUUGAAAUGUAUGACAUUUUCACUUCGAAUGUCAAUAUUACAUUUUAUAUACAUCACAGAAGACUGAACUAUAACAACACGGUUUGAUAUAGAAACACAAGAUUUUAGUCUGUUUAAAAAUAAAAAAACUUUAUUAUUGAGGUCAAAGACGGCGCUUUUGGUAACUGAUUGCAGGAAAGGGCUACUAUGUCUGAAUACAAUUACUUAAAGUGAUUUUGUAGUGUAUGCCUCCAAUAUAAUUUCCCAGUGUGCCUAGUCUUUGAGUGAAUUGCAGAGUUACUGUACCACCCAUGACUGUAUUUGUUCGUGACAGAGACAAGGUUGUUGAAUUCACUCAUUUUUAGUUGUGUGGGUGGCCUUCACUGAGUGAGUUCCUAGGCAAAUGUUGUCUUUAUAGUUCAACUCUUAAUGACAAAACAUUACAUUUGCAGUAAGGCCUUAUUUUGAGGUCUAGUGAAAUUCCAGUAACUUUACCACAUUUUCAAAAAAUCCUGGUUGAAGGAUUUCCAGGAAUCUUCCAACUGGGAUUCCUGAAAAACCUGGGAAAUGUACCAUCAUUUUGCAACCCCACCUGCAAGUCACAUUGUGCUGGCUUGCAACGUGACAUAUACUGUAGGUGCCGGUACUCAUUUUGGUUGCCGGUAUUUUAUAUUUAGGUGCAGGAGCUCCAGAAUACUUUGGAGCUAAUAUUCUAUAAGAGGAACAGGAGCUCUAGCAGCAGAACAUUUGAGGUGCUGGUACUCCGCUCUGGUGAGCUCCUGCCCAAGUAAAGCACUGAAUCUGCUUCUUCAUCUGCAUUGCUUGCUGUUUGGCGUUUUAGGCUGUUUGAGGUUGUAGGCAGGGUUUCUGUACAACACUUUGUGACAUCUAUUGAAUUUAAAAAGUGCUUUAUAAAUACAUUUGAUUUAAUCUAUGUCUUCCUCCCGGAUCCAGCAUCUUGGAAAUGUUUUAUGUUAUGGAUGUACGCAUUUCACUCUCUUUAACACAUAGCAAAAAGAGACAAGGGAUGUUGUCCCUGGUAAUGUUCUCCACUACCCUUACAAGUGGUACUUUAGUUGAGCAUAUUAAAUUCACAUUUAUCACCUGAAAUGGUAUUUUACUUAAUCAGCAAAUACAUUUACUUUUACAUACACCACAUAAAUAUUAUGAAGCGUCUGGCUGUAUUUUCUUGUCUGUUUUGGUGAACUGUUUGCUAACAUAUAUGAUUUCAGCAGUAGAAUGGAUUAAUAUAAUUACAGAAAACGCUGGAUCAAAUGUUUUGCCUGCGUCACAGCGCAUGGAGAGUACCGUGGCAUUGAGCACGAUUGCAAGUUAGAUUUUCUUCUAAUAUUGCAAGACAGACAGUAAAGAGAGUUUUGAUGUCUAAAAUGUUGCAAGUUCUAGGAAGGGUUCUAGGAAGGGUCUUGGUGUUUCCAAACAUCUUCCAUUUAAGAAUGAUGGAGGCCAUUGUGUUCUUGGGGACCCUCAAUGCUGCAUAAAUGUUUUGGUACCCUUCCCCAAAUCUGUGCCUUGACACAAUCCUGUCUCAGAGCUCUAUGGACAAUUCCUUCGUCCUCAUUGCUUGGUUUUUGCUCUGACAUGAGCUUUCAACUUUAAGACCUUAUAUAGACGUGUGCCUUUCCAAAUCAUGUCCCGUCAAUUGAAUGUACCAUAGGUGGACUCCAAUCCAGUUGUAGAAACCUCUCAAGGAUGAUCAAUGGAAUCAGGAUGCACCCUGGGCUCAAUUUCAAGUCUCAUAGCAAAGGGUCUGAAUACUUAUGUAAAUAAGAUAUUUCUGUUUUUAUUACAUUUGCAAAAAUGUCCUAAAAUUUUGGAUCAUUUUUAGAAUAAGGCUGUAACGUAACAUAAUGUGUGAAAAGUCAAGGGUUCUGAAUACUUUCCAAAUGCACUGUAUGUACGCUGAUGACUCAAAUUUAUACACAUCAGCUACCACAGCAAAUGAAGUAACUGAGACCCUUAACAGAGCAUCAUUCAGCUUUAGAAUGGGGGGCUAGUAAUAAGCUAAAAAUAUAUAAAAAAACUAAAGGCAUUGUAUUUGGAACAAAUAAUUUGCUCAACAAUAAACCUCAUUUAAAUCGUAUAAUGAAUAAUGUGACAAUUGAGGAGACUAAACUGUAACCCUAGAUUGUAAACUGACAUGAUCAAAACAUAUUGAUACAAUGGUUACUAAGAUGGGGAGAGGUCUGUCUGUGAUAAAGCGCUGCUCUUCUUUCUUGACCUUACAAUCAACCAAAUAAGUCCUACAGCACCUAGUUUUAUCACACCUGGACUACUGCCCAGUUACACUGAGUGUACCAAACAUUAGGAACACCUUCCUAAUACGGCGCUGCACCCUCUUUUGGCCUCAGAACAGUCUCAAUUUGUCGGGGCAUGGACUCUACAAGGUAUCAAAAGCGUUCCACAGGGAUGCUGGCCCAUGUUGACUCCAAUGCCUACCACAGUUAUGUCAAGUUGGCUGGAUGUUCUUCUGGUGGUGGAACAUUCUUGAUAUACACAGGAAACUGUUGAGUGUGAAAAACCCAGAAGCGUUGCAGUUCUUGACACACUCAAACCGGGGCGUCUUGCAGCUACUACUAUACCCAUUCAAAGCCACUUAAAUAUUUAGUCUUGUUCAUUCAACCUCUGAAUGGCACACAUACACAAUCCUUGUCUCAGUUGUUUCAAGGCUUAAAAAUGUAUCCUUGACUCCUCCCCUACACUGGCUGACAUCAAUAAGUGACAUCAAUGAGGGAUCAUAGUGUUCAGCUGGUCAGUCAAGAAAAGAGCAAGUUUUCCGAAUGUUUUGUACACUCAGUGUGUAUGGGCAGUGCUGCAAAGGACCCAAACUAACUAUAUCACUAUUUCUGUUAUUUGUGCUAUUGUCAAUAGUUAGUGUUUUGUUUUGUCUUUUAUUGUAUAUAAAUGUUGUUUGUCUGCCACGAGGUGGAGUGUUUUUUUGUCUUGCACUUAAAUAUAUGAAAGAGUUCAGUAAAGGACCACUGACA